GAGGACAUCGAGGCAGAGCGACUCCGAGCGAGCCCUGCAGAGCGGCGCCUGCAGCCCCACACCGGCCAGAGGUCAGUGGGUCUGCAGGGCAGGGGCUGCGGAGCGGGGAUGGGGGUGGGGAGCAUUCAGGACAGCCCACUGAGUGUCCAUGGCGCGGAGUGGGGUGGCACUGUGGGGUGAAGAAGCUCUGGGUUCCCCUGUGAGCGGGGGACAGGAGGGGAGAGGGGCUGGUCCCGCCUGGGGACAUCUGGGGGUGCUCCUGGCAGCACGACUGGAGGCUUUGCAUGAAAGCACUUCUGUCUUCUUAGGGUUUUUCGGGGUAAAUGUGUGGCACAGAGGUGCCGCAGCGUCUGCAAGGGCCUUUGCUGUCACACGCAGACCUGAAGGUUCCCUAUCCAUGCCCACUCUCUGUCAGCUCCACAUCGCCCUGUAGUGAUCUUCCCAAAGCCCCACUGUUGUCUGUUGUGCCCCAACCCCACGGUGGCCUCAGCCUCUCCAUUGCGGGAGCUUUCACAGAACACAGGGAUGUCCCGUGGCCUUUUGGGGUCAAUCCUGUCGCCGCAGCUCCAGCUGCAAUGCCCAGUGCAGUGCAGGUCUCCGGCUGCAGCCAUAGGAAGCUGCUCCCAUCCGCUCACCACGCUCCUGCCCACGGUGUUGCACACCUGUCUGUAAGAUUGGCUGCCAAAUACCUCUGGGGAGCACCACGGAGAAGAUGGCCCAGAGUUGGGGUGCAGGAAGGCACCCGAGCCGGCAGCACUGCCGGCAGAGGGGCCGGGCUGAUGCUGGCCGGUUGUGCACGUUGCCCCAGGACCAUGCUGAACGUGCUGCUGCUGUGCUGUGGGCUGCUGCAGGGGAUCCAGGCCAUCCUCACCUCGGACCUCAGCCACAGCCCCCUGCAGAAGAUGAGCGCCGGGCUGGGGGAGGCAGACAGAGCCCGCUACCCCAGCCUGCUGCACAAGGCCAAGGAGGCGUCGGUGGAGCUUGCUGGAGCUCUUCCCAGGCCAGACUUGGAUCAGAUGGCCCUGGAGGUGCAGGAAGGUGAUGGUAACCUCCUGCAGAAAAGCAGCGUGCUGGAACCGCAGGCAUUGUCCACGGCCCUGCAAGCUGCAGGCAGGGAGGAGCGGAGCUCCCCUCGCCGCUGUGUCCGCCUCCUGGAGUCCUGCCUGGGCCACCAGAUCCCCUGCUGUGACCCCUGUGCCACCUGCUACUGCCGGUUCUUCAACGCCUUCUGCUACUGCAGGAAGAUCAGCACCACCUUCCCAUGUGGCAAGAACUAGUGCCUGUGCCACAGGGCUGCCCGCUUGUCCCCACCGGCCUCCCCCUCUGCGGCUCCAAUAAAGCAGCAGAUAGAUAGCA